AUGCUACCCCCGGGGGCGCUCCGGCGGCCCCUCGUCGCCGCCUCCCGCCUAGCCCGGGCCUGGGCCUGGGCCCGCCCUCAGGUAUUUGCAUCCCUUGCUACAGGGCCCAGACAAAACAAUAGCAUUUUCUAUGAAAUUCGCAUGUAUGAUAUUAAGCCGUCAAAGAUGAAGGACUUUGUGGAAAUGGUCAACAAGUAUUUUCACCUUCGCACAGCUCACUCAGAGCUGGUGGGGUUCUGGUCUGCAGAGCUGGGAGCAAUGAAUAAGGUGGUCCAUGUUUGGAAAUACGAUAAUUUUGCCCACAGAACAGCAGUCCGGCAUGCACUUGCCAAUGACAAAGACUGGCAGGGAAAAUUCCUCUCCUCAGCUCUCCCCUUGAUGGAAAAACAGCACAAUGAGGUUGCUUAUCUGGUUCCCUGGUGUCAACUUGAAAAGCCUCCAAAAGAAGGGGGAGUAUAUGAAUGGGUUACUUUCCGAAUGAAGCCUGGUGGGCCAGCAUUGUGGGGUGAAGCAUUCCAAGCUGCAAUCAAUACUCACAUCAGUGCAGGCUAUACCAAGCUAAUUGGUAUUUUCCACACAGAGUAUGGAUUACUUAACACAGUCCAUGUGAUUUGGUGGAAUGAGAGUCCAGAUCACCGGGCAGCGGGAAGGCAUAGAGCCCAUGAAGAUGCCAGAGUGGUAGCAGCUGUGCGGGACAGUGUCAGAUUCCUGGAUUCACAAGAAAAUAUGCUCCUGAUCCCUUUGCCAUGCUCUCCACUCAAGUAACCUCCUGUAGGAAGAAGUCAGCAAGUGCUAUCAUGUGGACUGUCAUACCCUCAUGAACCAAGCUGUUCUUCAGUUUGCAAUAAACAUGCAAAAUGUGGAUCACUAGCAAUGGGCAUCAGUAAGAUUUUGUACCCUGAUAGCAAUUGCUAAACAGAAGUUUAUGCUGAUAGUCUUACACCCCCAGAAAAAAGAACUAGAGUUGUGUCAGUUAUGGUGUAAACCAAACUUCCCCUGUCUUCUAUUUUAACCCCUCACUUCUCGGUACUUUUCUGUGUAGCUAGAUCACUUACCAAAACCAGUGUUGCUCGC